AAACCUGUGGCGUUUGACGUCGUGGAAAAAAACAGAAUUUAAUUUACGACAACUCUUGCCUCGUGGCUAACCUGGUCAUUACUUAUGCUAAGCAAUAUAAUCAGUCAAACAGUGUACCCCAUCGGGUGGAAUGUCUAACUUGAACAGGAAUGGACCCGGAGUCGCUGGUCGACUUGCGGGAAACGUGAAAUCUCACAAGACCAACAAACAAACUUUUCCAAAUAAACAGAGCAGGGCUGGCGUUGUGAGCAACACAAGAACAAACAAUAUCGAUGUAACUGCACGUCGUGGGGAGGGAGGUAAAAUAGAAUGUACAAUUCAAAGGCUGACAGUGGUUUUGGAAGGCGGAAGCACAGAGCGUGUGACAAAUGCACUGGACAAAUCACAUUUUGGUGGCAGCAGUGUUCUCGUGGGUAACAGGCCACAGCAGAAAUGUAAAAGUACCAGUAUCAGAAGGAGGAGAUCGGGAUCGCGUUUAAGAAGCAAUUGCUAUGAGAACAGUGGACUUUGCCAAGUUUUGGACCCGACGAAUAUCGAUCGAUCGAGGAAAGUUCGGGACGAGGAAACCUUCGCCUCAGUCAGCAGUCUGCCAAGGCUUGGAUCACCGAGACUAGUGAAUCAUUAUGUUGAUUCCGUGAGUGUAGGCGAGAAAUGUUCUGUUAUCCUUCCUAAACAGACUAACUUAGUGUUACGUAACAUUAGCCAAAGCAGAAACCUGCAGCAAUCAUCAAAAGACCCCAAGGUAGGAAGAGGAAUACAGAGCAAAGCCUGCCACCUACUGCAACCAAUCCCGUGUAGGCUGCAACACAAGUCGGAUGUUAAUGUUCUUCUGAAUAGAAACAAUUUAAAGUCAAACGGGACACGAUGUAAUUCGGAAAGUGGACUGAAAGAGAAAAAGGGGAGGUAUCCUAAAUCUGGACGCGAAAAUGGAAACAUCAAGUCGAUGGAGGUGGAAAAAUCGGAAACAACCGGAAAGUGUAGGAACCGCGACGAGAAUAAUUGUUACAAGAGUGGAAGUCUUGAGAAAAAAUCGGAGAAAGUAUUUCUCGACCAUUCAUUUAUAGCAGGGGACAUGGAGAGCGACGAGAGACGUGGGGAUAAGAAUAAGCGUGGCUUGAAAGCCAGUAAAAUUGCAGUGUUAUCAAAGUCUAGUGGUCAACGGAAGUCCGUUACCCCACAAAGGUUUAGAAGUGGGGAUACAUCAUACAAGUCCCGCCCGGCGAAUAGUCGGGUUGUCAGUGUUCACAAAUCGGUCUGUACCUCUUUGCCAGGUAAUUUAUUAGGAGCAGAGAUAACAGACCGAAAUGGCACGGAUUGUAAAGCGAGCAGACGACGUGAAAUUGGAGACGAUGGAAGGUGCGCAAGCAGUGGGGAGAAUAUAACAGGCUUAUCUAGAGGAAAGGUGUUCCACUCUACUUUGGACUCGACUCAGUGUGGAGGUGUGGCAGGGACGAAUGAAGUCUCUCUCGGUGACAGGACAGGCGUGGAUACACUCGGCAGGCAGACGACACAAGAAACAGACGACACCGCCCAACACGCGUCACGUGCAGGCAGCGCCAAAGCGUCUCGUAAAAUUUGUCAAAGAUCAGUGGAUUGUAAUGUAAUAGUCCGUGACAAACGUACCGUGAGACGGAAGGAAAUAAUUGCACAGACUGGCAGAGUGGGACAGGGUUGUGUUAUUUCAGAUAAUGCACAACGGGAUUACGGAGAGAUAACAACAGGAUUAGAAUCACCGGUGUGUGCUGUGACGGAGAUCAAGUAUGGGCAGUCGGUGAAUAACGGUGAGUUGUCUGUUGUGUGCGAUUCGCCUGCUAACCAGCCACUGGUACGUGGUCAUAAACAAGGAAAUAUUUCACACACGGAUCGUAAUUAUGAUUCAUUAGAUGAACAGUCAGACUGUAAAAACAGAGAUGUAUGCAGGGUUGAGGUUUCGCAUUCGAAUGUUACUGACAGAUUUCAAGGAGGAGCAUGUUUAAGCAAUAAUAAACCUGAUGACGUUGCAAGCUCUCUAAGUGAUGGUUUCCGCGUGUGUGAAAAAAUAGGAAAUGUUGGUAGAAGUGAAGGCAAAGCGACCCAGCACCAGAAACAACUGUCAGGUAUUCCUAGCUAUCAGGGCGCCUACAAGUAUGCAAAAGCUCCCAACGUGAAAAAGAAAAAGUUGCUUAACCAAGACUCAUAUACUGGAACUGUAACAGCAGUUUCAGAUGGGAAUGAGUUUGGUGAAAGUGUUGAAAAAACUGACAGAGAUGAUACACAUGUGUCAUGUAGCCCUGGCAGUACAAUUUCAGGAGCUAGUAAAUCCCUGAAGCACAAAGUCCAUUCUACUCCAGUCUAUGAAAAUGGAACCAAAAAAAGUGCAUGUGAGUAUAAUUUCUCUGAAGAUGGCAAGAUAUAUGAGGAGAGUGAGUUGUUGCUCGUUUCAGAUAGUGUGUCAUAUCUUGUAACACUAUCAGAGCGGGAUACAUCAGCUCAAACAGACAAAAACUCUUCCCCGUCUGACACUGCAAUUUGUGAAAGUUCUGCACCAGAAAAUCUGGCAGAAACAGAUGCAGGAGGGGAAUCAUUAGGCACAGUAGUAGGAACAGGAUUCCCCCGGAGGUUGCUAUCAGUUGGUGAUAAGGAGAGAAAGGCAGUAGGCAGCAAUGGUGAUCGGUUGUUAGGCUCAUCUUCAAAGGGAGGUGAAAAAUUCCUUGUUCAAAGUGAACAUUGUGUUGGCACUGAAAAGGAUGGAUCAAACUUUCAAGAUAUAAACUCUUUUGAAACAGGUGAAAGAAAAAAUCACUCAAGUGAAAUGUUUAGUGAUUUCAAUCAUGAUAGAAAUUACUUGGUUCACCAUGGGAGUAAUUAUUGCAAGAAUUCUGACACUGAGGAGCAUUGUGAAGAUGGUAUAAAUAACUAUAUCCCAUUACAUUUUGAAAAUGGUGGCAUUGGUAAUGGGUGUAUAACACAUCAAGCAUCAAUAAAGUGUGAUCCUGACCAGAAUAAAUCUAUGGCAACCAAAGCAAGUGGUCCUGUCAAGGAAAAUAUGAGACCAUCACAACAGAAGAGUCAGGGAUUAAAACGACAGACUGGACACGCUUCUUUGGACAUCAAUUUGGCAGAAAAGAAAGAGUGUGGUUCUGGAAAACAAUUAGCUGAAACAACACCAAGUAGAAAGAGAAAUAAUGCUAGCGCCUCACGGCUAAUGAGGCCUACGAUUUCAUCAGCUAUUAAAAGUAGUCCAGAAAUGGCAAAAAAGUUGAUACCUAUGGUGAAGUCUCCCACCAGCCCUGAUACAAUGUUUUCUCCUCCAAUGGAGAGAAAGAACAAAGAAUGGAAGAAGAAUGAGAGUUCUGGAAAAAUGAAACUUCAAACAUUUUCCAGUGACAUUGUUGCACAUAAACCACUUCAGGUUAAGUCUUGUGAUAAGGUUUUAACUUCUCCAAGGUCUUCUGUUUCCUCAACUGACGUCAGUGUUCCUAGUUGUGCAUCCGAGAAAGAGAGUGAGAUAUCCAGCAGCGGGACGUAUCAGAAACACAGGAACAGAGCCACAAAAACUACUGGCGUAGCACCCAAGAUGCAUCAGAGUGCAAAAUCUGAUUCAUCAAAACACAGAUCUAAGAAGUGCAGAACAGUGAAAGUGGAUGAAAAUUUGGUGUUGGAGGAGUUUGGUCAGACUGCCAACGCAUAUCACAAACAAAGUGGUGCACAGAAAAGCUGUAGCAGAGAAAAAGGUGAACUAAAAAAUAAUAGCAUCACAUCGAAUGAAUUUACAGAAAAAGUUGAAUCAUGUGACAUCAAGGUUGAAAAAACAAGACGAAAUGUUGAGACAUAUGAAAAUUGUGUUGAGAGUGGAAUGGAUAGCAAUCGAAGCAGCUCUGAGAGGGAAUAUUUUGUGAAAGAUGGGUCAUUACCUCAGAUCACAAAGAUGAAUUCUUUGAAAGAACCAGGAUCUGAAAAGGAUGAAGUUCAAAGUGACAACAAGGUGAUAAAGAACAUGAAGAGGGAUAAGAUAGGUGAGAAACGUUUCAGAAACACUUCAUCUAUAUCAAAUAAACCUGACUUGAAACUUCAUGCAAAGAAAACCUCACAGAACUGUGCCAAGCCAAAGACUGUACAGAAUUCAAAUAUGAAAGUCACUUUGAAAAAGAAAAAGGACUCUGGUGAUUGUGUCUGUGCGACAGAACCUGUUGUAUGUGACACAGUUCAAAGGGGAGGGUCACUGUCCCCAACACUGUCUGCCACAUCAACUGAAUCAAAAUCUGGGAAGCCUAAACAAAAAGCAUCAACGGUGUCAGCACAUGAUCCCAGGAACAUUAGGAUGGAACGUGUUCCAAGCAGAGUGACAAUCAGCGUAUCAGCAAGUCAAAAGAAAGGCACUGAAAUUAAAUCUGUAAAAUCUAUUAAAUCAGUGUCUGAAGAUCGGAAAGAUAAAGCCAAGACAGUGAAGAAAACAUUGUCCCCUUCGAGUUUGAAAAAUAUUGAAAUGCAAAGUACAAAAAACAGCCUAAGACACAAAGUACAAUCUGGAAGUAAAUGUUCAAGCUCCAAUAUGCCUCAGCAUCAGCGUAGUGUUUCUAACUCACCACGAUCAUCUGUUGUGGAUGAUGAUACAGACAGUGUUCUUAGUUUUAGUUCAGCCACUUCCAAAAUGAACAAAUCUCAUUCAAAACUGCCAAGGGCUUCAAGAUUGCCAAGCACUACUCAUGAUAAAGGUAAAGGGCCUACUAUGGGUGGUAAACAUUCUGAUAAAACAGAAAAAUCUGGCAGUUCUGUUUUGACAAUGUCAGGUGUUGCAUUGAAGACAGCAGAACCAGCAGGAGGAAAUAAUCGUCCAAAGAAAGACACUCUCAACUACAAAGAAGCUGUCUGUGAUGUUCAGUGUGACUCCAAACCAACACUGAAGAAGAAGAACUUAAAGGAUAACAUAAAUCGCAAACAACGUGAGUUGUCCCCCUUGACUGCUGGAACAGACUGUAGUGAGUACAGUAUGUUAGAAGAAGUCAUUCCUAGCAUCAGUGACUAUGACACAGAUAGAAUGGAUGACAGUGAUCAUCAUUCACACGGGCCAGCUGACACGAAAACCAAAAUGAUUGAUAAGCCACAUUCAUUGCCUGCCAGUGACCAGUCAACUGUUGAGUCCAAGAAGUUAAAAACUAAACCAAAAUCACUGACAUCACCUAAAGUUGAGUUGAGGAAAAGCCAACAGGGAAAGUUCUAUUCAAAGAAGACAUCUCCAUCUUUACCACGGAUGAACUCCAAAACAUCACCAGGAUCUCCAAAAUCUGACUGUAAGAAAUCCCCACUAUCUCCUGCACAGUUAGUAAAAUCUGGGACCGAUGGUAGUCCGAGAGGUGCAAGAACUGAUGUGAAAACAUCGAAGACUACUGUAUCUAAAUUACCAAAGAAAUCUGGAUUAAAGAAGUCACAUAUUGAUGUUCCAAAUUCUCGGUCAUUGUUAGCCUUAGAACAAAGAUAUACAGCUGAAAGACUGGAGCUGAUGAGACUUAAGAUACCAGCUGAAAUGGACUUCAGUGAUGUCAGUCGACCUUCAACACGAGAAGGAUCUGUGGACAGUCGAUUUGAUGAUGACCGCUGGUCAAUAUGUUCAGAUAUUUCCAGUGUGUCAAGAGCAUCUUCAAUUAGUAAAAGUAAUAAGACUCAAACCUCAGGUUCCAAAGUUCCAAGAAUUGCCGUCCCAAGUUCAAGGAUCAAACCGGCUAGUGAACGACUUUCCUCAAAGACUCAUACUACUGUAGGUAAAUCUUCCCUGCCAACAAAACAGCUGAGACUGAAAGGGAAAAGUGCAACUGAUUUCUGUAGUUCAAGUGAAACUGUUAGCAAGAAAGUUGGGAGUAAACAUACAAGUCCCACAGGGGAAAAUCUACAGAGAAACAAAUAUGAGAAAUUAGAUAAUGAACCAUUAAAUUCUGUAGGGAUAGAUAACAGAAGGAUGCACAACAAUUUGGUCCCAUCUCUUUCAAGAGGUGAAAACCUAGCUGAUGUAAGUACACCUGUAAUACAGCUACUGGACCGUGUUAAUGAGUGUGAAUGUGGCAGUUCACUUGAGGAUGAAAGUGCAGUCCCAGUUGAGGUCAAUGUGCCUUUAAUAUUAGAAAGCUGUAGGUAUCCUGGUGAGAAUACUGAUGUUGGAAGUGGCACUUUAACAGCUAGUAAUGAAGCAGAGGAAAUUAUGAGUGACAGUACUUUGCCAGCUGAUUCCAGACAAGGCCAGUCCUCAGAGCAUGGUAAUGUAAACCACACUGCUAACAUUAGUAAACACAGGUUCCAUUCACAGAAAGAAACUCAUACCAAUAGGCAUGCUGAAGUUAAAAAUGAGGGUCAAUAUGGGGCCCUAUCACCCUCCUACCAGAUGAAAACAAGCUCUCUAAGGGAGGGGCAAGAAGAGGUCCCUAUGGUACAUAUUAAAAGAACUGAAGAAAAUUUGAAAUCUAUCACACAUGCAUCCGCAUUGUCAGAUGGGCAGAUGUCAAAAGAUUCAGAUGGAACAUUUGAGGCAUCUUUAGAAAUGGUAAACCUGAGCUGCUAUCAGGCAGAUAGUUUAUUGUCUGAGAUGACAGGAGAGGGGGAAUAUCUAUCAUCUGAAGCAGCUGGUCAAGGCAACCAGGAACCAGCACUGAGUGGAGAGAAGGCCUCGGCUGUGUGUAGUCAGCUCAUGGAGCCCUGCACCCUAUCUUCCGAUGUUGAUAGGGCCUCAGUGGAUGGAAGUUUCUCUGAUAACAUAUACAGACACAACCUGGCCUCAGAAAAUGCCAAUAAUAAACAUUUACAUCAGAGAGAGGGAGGGGUUGGCCACUUCUUUCCCCACCCUACAGAAUUCACUUCAUCCUCUAGAAUUGUAGAUUCAGAGUUUGAAAAUCCUGACCCUGAGACAGUUGCUGUGAUUGAAGUCUCAGAAGAUACAGGUAGCUUCCUGGGGGCGUGUGACGGCAUGCUCUUGAAAUUAUCUCAGGUUAAAGAAAUUAAGGCUGAAGAGAGGGAAGAUAGCAAUAUUGUAGUGCCAAUGGCAGCACAAGCAAAGGAAGAUGCAGGCUUCUCUUUAACCAAGGAAUUCAUGGGGUGUGAUAAAAAUGGAGAGGACUCUGAAAGGCAGUUUGAUAAAAAUGAUAAAAUCUCAAUAAAUAAACUGGUUCAUAUUUCGGGAAACUCCGAUAAACCUGAGCAAGGAUGUACCACAGAGACAGCUGGCUCUUCAGACCGACAUACAGCUUAUGAUUCAUCCGGGGCCCAGGAAAACUUUGAUACUUUCAAACCAGAAACUGAAACUGUGUUAGCUUGUGCAUUACAAGGAAGGGAUGGUAGGGUGAUCAGAGACACAGGAUCCCCCAGUUCACACAGAUUGGGGAAAGUGCAAGGCACGGCAGGAGAUGUAGUGCGAUCAAGUUUCAAUUCCGAACAUCUAGACUGGAGUAGUGAGGGACAGAAUUCAGGAGACAUUUCAGCAAGCAUCCGACUGAGGGAGGAGGCGGCAGAACCGCUGGGUGGAUGGAGGGAGUGUGACAGUCAUAACCACGAUUGGAUUGAUUAUGAUACAUUAGAUGAAGGUAAGACUGGAUAUAUUAAUGAAUCUACACCCAAAUUAGACUUGGUUGCAGACAAACAAAAUUGGCAUGUUGUGGAAAAUAUGGAAUCGUGUGAGAUGUCUGACAUAGGAUUCCAGGGUAUUGGUAGCCAUGAUGACAUGGAAUUUGCAAGUCACAUUGAUGCUAUAUCCACAGACAUUUGCUCACUUAACAAGACUGACAAAUCUCUUGAUGAAAUUCACGGCACCAGCCCGUUGUACAGAGAAAAGCAUGGGCAUUACAGGCAAGAAAACACACCCCAUCCUGUGUCCAUGUCACCUGACACAGAAAGGACACACAACAUCACAGGCUCACAAUGCUCCAAUAUUAUGUCAUCUACCCCAGGGGGCCAAAUAUCUGCAGGAUUUGAGACGGAAGUAAACUAUAAUGUCAGCACUGACCUACUUAGCAUGGAUGGAAAUAAACCUGAUAACAGUUCCACUAAGAAAUGUGAUAGCCAAACCUUGGGUAGAAUGUGGAGUGCAAGAAGUGAUAAGCUUUCAGCAAAGCUUCCUGAAAGAAGACUUGUCAUAGAUAAGAGAAAUUUGCACCCUGAAGGCUAUAAUGAAAACAUGCCUAUACAGAGAAGAAUUGUGUUAAACCCAGACUCCAAAGUUGUCAUGAGAGAUCCCAAAUCAAGUGGAUUGCUUGAAACUGUAACCUGCAACCACUCGCCUGAUAUUAGACUACAGUUGACUGUGUCAAGGGCUGAUGGGGAAAGUAGCAGCAAACCUGCUAGCAGACUACACACUUAUAAACCUGUCCACAAAUCUGAACUUUUGAAACAAAGCUCUGUGAGAAAAAGUUUAGCAGCUCGAGCUCAGCAGAAGGCCAUUACUUCAAGAUUUUCCCAAGAUUCUGUGAAUAAAGUUAAGACUGGUAAUGUUUUGAUGAAAAAGCCCCACCUAUCAGGGGGUGAUAAGAGUGCCUCUGAAGACCACACCUCUGCUACUGUGCCACAUGUUAGCUCCAUUGAAUUCUUGGUGAAAAACGAUUGCCAAACUAGUCAGAUGCUUCCUGCAAAAUAUGACAAAUUGUCACUGAUGGAGACAUUUAGUACCCCCAAAUCUGAAGCACAUAUUUGUGCAAGUGAUAGUGAGGUAAUGAAUAUCACAAAUUAUGUGUCUUCCUCGAAUGACAGUGACAGCAUAAAUGAUACAAAAGAAAUUGGAUUAAAAGUUGAGGAAGAUGUUAUUGUUGAGAGUAAAGAGAAUGAUGGAAUCUGUGAAGUCAUGGUCAGAAGGAAGCAGGAUAAUGCUGUGAGUGUGUCAGCCAGGUUUCUAACAGCAGACGACAGUUUGCAGGUAGCAGACAACUCAUUACCCUUGGAAGCUAACGACAACACAUCACAAGCAGACGCCAUUGUGGAUAAGGCAGCUGUGGCUCUCAGACCAGACACAAUUUUCUCACUAAUGGCAGAUGGCUCUGUGCAAACUGAAGAAGUUUGUCCCCCUCUGAUGGAAAACACCAAAACUGCAAAAUCACCAAGGCUUCCACCUCCAGUCGUAUCACCAAAACCAAAAGUAUCUGUCUCAGCCGAUGGAAAAAUUGACUUGAGCUAUUCUGAUUUGUCUCCAUGCAUUGUUACCCCUGAUGAGCAAAUUGAUCUUAAGUCUGUGAUUACAACUCAGCAUGCUCAACCUUUGCAGUGUCCAAUUGCUGUCAUUAGUAAUGAAUUUGGAUUUGAACCUCUUUCAAGUGAUCCCCCAAACUCUAGCACAGUGAGCUGCCCUGAGCUACCUGAUGGAGAAACCUCUGCAGUGACUGUCACGGAGAAUUAUGUAAAAGAUGUCAGUAAUGAGGAACAUCUUAUACCAAGCAGUGCUAACUCAGAUAGUACUGAAAACAAAUUUGAUUACGAAUUGACAGUCAGACCCACACAAACAGACGUGGCCUCUAUAGCCCCACCCAAGGAAACAUCAAUAGACUUGUGUAGUUUUGACAGGUCGUCUGAAAUUUCUUCACCUGAAUGUCCAACUACUGAAACUGUGUCAAAUCAAGCACUGAAACGAUCCAAUGGGACAACAUCAUUACACCACUGGCAGACCGUCAAAAAUAAAUUCCUGAGUAAACCAUCAAGGAAAGUCAGCAAAGAGAAAGUGAACAUUGUACCGUCAGCUCAUGGGAGCGUGGAGAAAACCAUUGAAGAAUAUGAAGAAUGUUUAGACAAGAAAUUGAACACUGACCGUAAAGACAAAAAUGACGAGAAGUCUGUAGAAAGUUCACGUGUCUCUGAGAUUCGACGAUCACUCAGUGAAAGGCUGACCAAAUCCCCACAUCCUGAAACUCCACCUGCCACUCCCUCCCCAUCUCCAACCAGGAAAUACAAAUGGAUAAGAGGGGAGGGGGGGAUUUGGAAGAAAAAGUUUUUAUCUGACUCCGGGGAGAGUGGGAGUGAGUAUGAGGAUUAUGCAAAGGAAGAUCAGGAGGAGAUCCUGGCCAAGUUACCACCUGUAAAUAGACAUGAAAGAAAUAUUGACAGAGAAUCUUCAUCUGAGUCGGAAUAUAAGCCCGGCAAGGAGGGUGGUUGGCAGUUACUUGGAGACUUUGGUGUUGACAAUGAAAUGGAAACAUCAGCAUCAGAAGUUGAAGACCCAGAUAUGAUUGAACAUUCUAUAAAUAUGGACAGAGGGAGGCAGUCUGGAGACAAUGUAGUGAUGGAGAAACCUGGAUAUGUGGAGGAUAAUGAUGGUGUUUGUGUUGAAAAGGUGGAUUUUGAGACUGCAAGAUCACAUUUUAAUGAAAAGCCAAUUCUACCUAGCUUGAGUAGACGAAAUAGCAGCAUUGAAAAUAUGGAUAAGCAAAUGGAUGAAAAACUUCAGAACAAAAUACAAGCAGUUCACCUUCCUGAUACAAAUAUAGAUUCUACUUGUCAUGUGAACGGAAGUAAAGACACUGAGUCUAUAUUUGACAAAAUCAACAACUUUGAUACAGACAGAUUUGAUAAUGUGUCUCCAGUUAGCAGUGGGAAUGCUAAUUUGCUUACUUCUCUUAAUACGGAUACCACACUUGGACAUGCACCAAAUAUGGAUCUCAAAUGUGAAAAUAUAGAGCCUGAAGUAGACAAAUGCAUCAAAUUGGCUGCUGGCGGUUGUGAAAAUGUUUCCUCUGUCAUAAUUGCAGAUGUCUUAAUGAAUGUUGAUGUUGAAAACAUGGACAAACUGUGUGAGUCCAUUUCAGAAGUGUUUCCUUCAGCCGGCAGUGAUGAAAGUGAGGAAGCGAGUGUGGCUACCUGUGACAUGAAGCCAGGGAACUCCACACUGGAUGCAAACAGGGACAGCAGUAUCACUGAUUCCGCUGUGUAUGAUGCCAUCCCCGACUGUGAGCCUAUCAGCAACCUUGACAACAGAACUUUUCUUGAUGGGAGUUGCUCAGAUGAAGAAGAAGUGCAAACCCAUACCUGUGUGUAUGAUAAAUUCAGUAUAACUGACUCAGGAUUUAACGAGGACUCGGCUAACUUAGACUUUCACAGUAUGCGAGACACUGCCAGUACUGAGAGGGACAAAUGUAUGACCACUGCAGGUGCGAUACAGGUGUCUGAGUUGAGUACGGAUGAAGAAUUAGGAAAUGAUAGGUUCCAUCAGACAUUGAGUGGAGACACGGGUUUAAUGACCAGUUGCGAUGGAGAUAUCUCCCAAGAUGAGAGUUCUGACAGAUUCCUCAUGCAAACAAUGACUGUGUCAGAGGAACAGGUUUCAAGUGAUUACAUUUCUGAGCAUGCAGGCCAGCAAGAAGCUGACAAAAAUGUUGCCCUGUCUGAAAGUGAGGGAAAGUUUAUCCCCAUAGAGGCGUCCCCCAUUCUACAUAAAAAAUGUGUGGAGUUGAAUUCUCAAGAAGAGUCUGAGGAUCAGGUUUCCAUCUCAGCUGCACCAAGUUCAGAAAACAUCAGCAUUUCCCAUGCCUAUGUCCCAAAGCAAGACAGUGUCAUUGAGGGAGAGGUUGUGGAGCAGCAGCUCUCGGAGGCAUGGGACACAGAAUCAGAACACUCUUAUUACUAUGGAUACGAGAAUACGGAUACUACAUGUGGGGAUGAAGACUUGGAUACCACAGUGACAGAUGAUGAAACAGAUGACUUAUGUGAGCUUGUUAUUACUGAAGACUUGGACACAACAGUGGUUGGUGCCCAGGGAGGGGAGACAGUGGAUUUACACAUAGAGGAAGACAGCGCUGUCACGCCUGUGCUGGCACCUCAAGGUCACGUUGACAUGGCGUACACUCCACGUAGAGGGGCUGGACGUAGGUAUUCCUAUGCAGGGUCUACAGUCAACUAUAGUUCUUUGUCGGGGUCAAGUCUGCCAGAUGCCCCUGAAAGUGGAUACUGGAACACACGAAAGGCUUUCUGGGAAAAAGAUUCAAGCGAGCUCCUGGCAGAGAUUUCAGAACUUGAGGAAAGUUUUGAGGCUGUAGAGGGCACUGAGACGGAACAGCAUCGAAGUGCGUCUGUUAGUCCGGUCAAAGUUGCUGAACACCCAGGGGGGACAACUCCACGACGGUUACAUAGGAAGAAGUCAGGACGUCGUAGUUUGAGCCUUCCAAGUGGAACUUUGUCCUAUGGGGAUGUCAAAAUCACCUAUGUUGAUGGACACUUUGUGGCAGAGCCACCUAGUUCUGAAUCAGAGACUAACCCUCAACCGUAUACUGGAAGUCAGAGUGACACUGUCAACAGUGGAAGUGUACCAGCUACAAGCUCCGAGUCAGUCACUGAUGUGAACAGCAACGACGACACUCUAUCCAUUCUGUCGGACCUGUCCAUUAGGGAUGAACUGUUGUCAUUGUUAAACCAGCAUUUAGUGGAUAGUGAUGUGUUUUACAACCACCCGCUGGACUGGAACUGUAACCAUGCGGGGAGUGACUCCUCCUCGCACUCCAGUCAGAGCAGUCUGGCUAUGAUGCCAGCAUCAUCAACAUUGCCACGGAGGACCGGUCGGGACAAUGACGGAAAUCGCCCAGUUUCUGUAGAUGACAUACAGUUACUUCGAAAUGUAUAUCUUCAAGAACAGUGUGAAAGUCAAGGUGACAAUGAAGGUCAAAGCCACACAAGGAACUACAGUUUUCGAGAAGCUGUAAAUCAGGACUUGUUGUCUGAUCCCAGGAAUGGUCGUAGGAGACUGUCUGUACAAGACGAUAAAAGUGAGAGAUCUAGAUCAAAAAGUCCAAAUUUCUUCCAAAGAAUGUUGUCUAAACGAAAAUCAUUCUCAGAAAAAGUGGCAAAACUACCUCAAGAUGAGGGAACAUCCAGAAAAGACACUUCGAUAGUUAGACGCAUGUCAUUAAAAAGUUUGUUCAAACGGAAAAAUCGGAAAGGUUCAGAUGAACCAGACAGUCCACCAAUUGCAGCUUUCCUUAAAGAUGAGGACAUCGGUGCUAUCAGUUCAUUACCAAACUCUCCAUUUGUGUCAAAGCGUGUUCAGAGAGUACAAACAGACCCACACAUACAGAUUCGAAGACCAGUUCAGAGAUGUCCCGAUGAGUCUCAGUCUAGCAUGAAAUCACCAUCCCUCAGUCAAUCAAUCAUCAGGAGUGGCUCCAGGCCUGGCCUCACUCGACCAGACGUACCACCCAGGCGAAGACAGAGCUCAUCUAGCUCUAUAAAGCAAGGUUCAUUAACAGAUCGGAGUUCUGGGGAGUACAGUAUAUGUGAGUUUGACAUAGGAGCAGAUGACAGACUUACACCGCGAUCUUCGUCACCGUCCAUAGUUGACAAUGAGCGAGACGCCACACUUCUUGCAUCUCCUCAUUCUGGGGACUUUGUCCAAUCUGUUGCAGUGCAUCCAAAUAGGUUGAAUCCUCGGCUUGAUCAGAUGUCACCACAGGAAUUUGAAAAACUGUCAGGAAAACUUGUACGAGGGGAGAUAACUUCAAGUAACAGCAACGACAGCGGAAUACAACAUGAUGCUGUCAUAUUGUCCAGCUGUGAAUCUCUCAAGGUAUCCCCCGACACAGCGACACCCGUCAACAUGGCGGUGAAGCUGAGGAAAACCCCCUCCCCAAAGCAGGAGCGUCCUAAAUCGGACAUCACAGUGCGCUGGGCUGACCUCCUGGAGCAGGUGAGGGAAACCAACAUCACCUACAGGAACGAUGGACAGACAAUACGUAAACGACCACGGCCAAAGUCAGACUUAGAAGCUAUCCUGUAUGUUGAUGAAGGUUUAGCUGAUGCGGAUGCUGAUAAGGUUGAUGACAUGUGUGAAGGAGGAAGUACAUUGUUGACAGACACAAUGCGAGCAUUUGGGAGCAUCAGCAACCUACGACCAAGUGACUCACUUCGGAGUCUGCGAUUGGUGGAUGGAAUACAAGUGGAACUCAGAAGAAGUGGGCAGGAGGACCGUGUGUUGUCAGCAAAGCUUGUCAAGUCACGGAGAAUGUCCACACCCCACCCUAUCAAAACCCGAGCAGACAAGACUGCAACACUGACAAGCAAGUCCCACAGCAAGGCUCCAGUCAUGGUGCGCUCACACAGCAUGCCAGAGAAUCUGGAUAAACUACACCGGAAGAAGAACUUUCUUAGUCUCAUUGGGUCGGACAACCAGAGCCUCUACAGCCAGAGAAGUGGAGACGAUUCCUCCGACGAGUCGGAAUAUUCCGUGGAAUUUACGAUACACGACAAAUGUCCCAGCACUAGGUCCUCUCAGAUGGCGCUGGCAACGCUGGACGAGAUGCAGGAGGAGACGAGGACCUUUGCAGAGGCCCUUUGGGAUCAUGUGACCAUGGACCCGGAUGAGCUGGGUUUCCGAGCAGGGGAGCAGAUCCGGGUGACGGACAUGUCGGACAAGGACUGGUGGUUCGGGUGUACGGAGCAGCGCCGGGGCUGGUUCCCGGCAGCCUUUGUGCGGCUGUGGGUGAAUCAGGAGAGGUUUGACGAGGACAUGAUCAUACACGAUGAAACCGAGGAGUCUCCGAAACUCAGGAACCAUGGGAUGAACACUGAUCAAGGUCGGGCCAAUGUUGUCAAUGAAAUCAUCCAUGCAGAACGAGAAUAUGUCAAGCAUUUACGUGAUGUUGUUGAGGGUUACCUCAAACAGGCCAAAAAGAGACCAGAAAUGUUCCCCGAGGAGAAGAUCUCAAUCAUUUUCGGAAACAUAGAGGAAAUCUACAAUUUUGCCACCAAGUUUCUUGCCAGCUUGGAUAAAGUUUUCAACAAGGAAGCCCCUCACAUGAGUGGUGUUGGCGAAGUUUUCCUCUCACAUAGCAAGAGUUUUGAGAUCUACUCCGACUACUGCAACAACCAUCCAGGGUCGGGGGAGGUGGUCAAGGAAUUGUACAGGAACAAAAAAUACAGACAUUUUUUCGAGGCAUGUCGUCUGCUCCAGGAUAUGAUAGAGAUCCCCUUGGAGGGUUUCCUGCUAACCCCUGUCCAGAAGAUCUGCAAGUACCACCUCCAACUGAAUGAGCUGCUCAAGUACACACCACCAGACCACCAAGACUUCCACUUCGUUAAGGCAGCACUUGACUCCAUGAAGAAAAUAGCCACACUCAUCAAUGAGAGGAAGCGCAAGAUGGAGAGUAUCGAGAAGAUUGCCAUGUGGCAGGCAUCAGUGGAUGACUGGGAGGGCGAUGACUUGUUGCAGCUGAGUUCGGAGUUGAUCUACUCCGGGGAACUGAACAAGAUUAACUCGAGUGGCUGGUCACAGGAAAGAUACUUCUUUCUUUUUGACCAUCAACUUGUUUACUGUAAAAAGGAUCUACUGAAAAAGAAUGGUUUCUGCUACAAAGGUCGGGUUGACCUCGAUCACAGUGACAUCAUACCGCUGGCUGAUGGGAAGGAUGCCCAGUACAAUGUUACAGUAAAGCAUGCAUGGAAGAUUCACGACACCAUGCGAGACAAGUGGUACCUGCUGGUUGCCAAGUCGGACCAAGUGAAGCAACGGUGGCUCAAGGCUUUCGAGGAUGAGAGGAAGAGGGUUAAAGAUGACCAGGAAAACAAUUUCAACAUCCCUGUGCACUUAAAACAGACAGCUAUCCACAACCUCAAACAGAAAUCACAUCUUGCAAAACCAAAAGGGAAGAGAAAGGCAGCUAGAAGUGCAAGUCUACGUCACACAAAGAAAGAUGCUACAUUUGCGGUGCCAGGAACACUUCCCCGCAAGAAGCAGCAAGAUUCACUUGGGGACAUAAACCAAUCAAAGAAACUAACAUGGUUCUUUCUGGGUCAGGGGAAGAAAAAGUGAAGAAUGUGUUUGCGGCUAGCUCCUGCUGGCAAAGAGACGCCAGCAUUACUGGCAGUGUUUCUUCACUGUUCCCCACCAUUGUCUUAUAGUGAACACACGUCACAAACACUAUUUAUCAACUGAUUUUGUUCCAUGUCAAACAUGGACAGAUUUAUUACAAGAUUGGUGUCUAUUAGGUGCCAGAUGCUACUAUUGGUUCCUAUUUGAUAUCAGAUACUACCAUUGGUUCCUAUUUUGUGCUACCAUUGGUUUCUAUUUUGUGCCAGACACUACCAAUGGUUAUUCAUAUCAAGUGCUACAACAUGUUAUAGACGAUAGUGCAGUGUGUGUCCACUUAUAGAGAAGCAUAAUGAUUCUUACCCUCUCAAGGAUGGAAUGGCCUAGUUGUAAGUGUGGAUGGAUUAGCAGCUUGUGGUAUGACGGCUAGAGACAUAUCUGGACAGUGCUAGCAGUGUUGUCAUGCCAUUGGUGCCAGUCAAGGACCUUGUGAUGUAGAUAUUGAAGGCUUGAGGUUCCUAUAGCUGCCUAGACCAGACUGAACUUACAUUGCCUGCAGUAGGCCAUGGAAACAACAGGACUUCUGUCUCAGCUGCACAGCUUUAACUUGUGUUUUAUGUACUGUCCAUGGCCUACAGCCAUUGUUAACCAGUCAUUUUUAGUCAUUCAGAUUCACCUGUUGUAGUGCUUAAUUCAAUUUUAUGUAUAUUGUGCUUCAUUAAUGCAAAUGACAGUUGUCUGUUAAGAGACAAAUAUUUUCUAACAUUUAUAUAUUCCUACAAGUAUUUACAAACUAUUGUUUGUACAUUUUGAAUUAGAGGAGGUUCAUACAUUAAUUAUUUAUCCACUAUUACUGCUGAAAUGUGCAGGGGAAUAAGCUGCAUGUUGUCUAGACCUUUCUCUUCAUUACAAUAUUUCCAAUUCAAAGCCAUUCUAUGUGUAUUUCAUAAAGUAGGCCAUGUUAGUGAAAUCCCACAUUGAGACCACUUAUACAAGAUGUGUUCAUUCCCCCAGCAGUGGGUGUAGGGUACAGAUAAACUGGACCAAACAAGUUUACAGCAUUUGUUCUGAAUCAGGUUUAUGUCCUUGAUACUGUCCUGAAUGUUUGACCAGGUCAAGGAACAAGACUCCAGUAACAGUGUACAGGUGCUAAAGGCAGGCCUCUGGGCAACCUGCACAACUCUAUUCCUAUACACCUUUGUCAAGAUGCCAGAGUAAUAUAUUGAGGAAUACCACACAAGUAUUACAGAAUGCCACAGGUCAUCACUGUAACAUUUAUGUCCUACUGGCAAGAGUAAUCAAAUGAGAAUAAACAAGUUUUCCUUCAUACACAAAUUAGCUGAAGUACAAUUGUAUAGUUCCUUUACAUCGAAGGACAUGCCAUCUUGUCUCACAUGGGAGACACAUCUCAUAACAGAGCAAGGGAUGUAACUCAUGUGACAAAUGAAAAAAAAACAGUGCUUGUUCAUUAAAGGGAGAUAAUUUUUUUGCUGAUGUGAAUAGAGUUAUCUGCCUUCCAUUUGCUCAACCCAUUAUCGAAGCUAGUCCACAUGUCUUUCAAUCUGUACAUGAUCUGUGGAUGCAAGCCCAACACCAACUGUGGCUGUUAUCAACUAUGUCAUGUAACAACAGUGUAAAUGUGUAUUAUAACAAUCUGAAAGGGGUGGUCAAGUCCUGGACAUAAAAUACAAUGUACAGUAGUUGUAGAAUAACAAUGUGAAAUACAAUGUAGGAGUUAGUUGGUAUUCCACUGAUCCGUUCUUAUACUCCAGUUCUACUUUCACACAAACAUACCCUGGAUAAUGUGUUCGUCUACAUAGCAUAAUGUCCUAAUCUAGUUGGAAGGAGAAAAGGGUUGCAGUUAGUGGGAUCAAUGGUCGUAUGUUAGGUGGAAGGUCACCAAGACACUAUGUGCAAAGCUACAUGUUUUUAAACAAUACAAAUAUUUCAUGAGUAUUUGGCUGCCAUCUUAGCAUUAGAAGGUGCUUGUGACUAGAUCUGUGCAAGGUGAGUGUUUUUUAAAAUGUGUAAUACAACCAGUUGGUGCAAUACCUAGGAUGCCGUGAGCGAGAACAGAAAUAAGUGUUAGAUCUGAAUGAACUAUAAGUUUCAAAUGUUGGUUAUAAUGAAACAAUAUUGAUCCACUCAUGAAAAUAAAGAUAUGAUCUUUAAUAAUUUCUGACUUUUCAAAUGUACACAUCUUUUAAUUGCUUUGUACAUAGACAUAUGUAUUAGAUCUCAUGGCUUGUGUACAUACAUUGUCUCUGCUGGCUAUUUAUACACUUUGUCUGGAUGUGCAGACACUUUUAUACAUCUUUUUCUGCUGUUUGUAAAUAUGUACAAAUAUUCAUCCUCAAAUAAAUGAUCACAAUAA